CGUUCUGCCGCCGUCUGCGUUGCAACGCAGGUUCUUCGACCGGAGAUGCCUCCCAGGAAGAAGCACGAACCAGACAGUGACGAGGACGAGCCUGCGCCAGUGGCUGAGGACUUGCUUCGACAGAUGGCAUCCCUCUGUACGUUACUGACGCAGCAGCUUGGUAGCAGCACGCCCGCCGCCCAGCCGUCCCCGGACACGCAGCUGCGCCUGAACUUGCCGGUACCGACAUUUUCGGGCUACAGCGACUCCAAGUCGGCUGAAGAUUUCCUCGCCGACUUGAGUGCUUACCAAACUGCCGUUGGAGCCACCGACGACGUCAUUCUGCGUCGAGUACUUCCCGCAGCGCUGUGGCCUUGGUCCCGCUUGCGUGCCGAUUGCAAGAUGACAUCUGCAACAUCGGACCUUUCAUCGUGGUGCGCGUUCUGGGCAAAGACGUUGCAGGUUUGGUGGACACCGGAGCAGCUGUUUCCCUGAUCGGCGACACCAUCCACGACUGGUGCCGGGAGCGGAACAUCUCGGUACGGACGACCAGGACUCGCCUAAGGCUCGCCUCUGAUGCGGUUGUACCUGCCGGUGGCGCGGUGCGCCUUACCUUGACUGUCGAUGGACAUCGGGUCAGACAACGCUUUGUUUACCUUCCUGGGCUGGCAGGAGCAAUGAUCCUGGGACGCGACUUCACUAUCCGGAUGGGACUUGUCCUGGACUUGCGUCGCGGAGGCUACCAGCAUGCAUGCAGCAGUACCUUCUACCCAUUCCUGGAGUGGACAACCCCUGGAGCGGACCAACGCCGGACUGGUGAGGGACCCCAGGACGACUGCUCAAAG